AUGAUCUCGCUCGCUGUGCGCUCCGUCCGCGGAGCUUUGGUUCGGCUUUCACCGAGCUCGCAUUCCUACCCGUACGCACCGCUGUCGAACGCAAAUGGCCAUUCCGAACCCUCGUUACCCAGCGGAUCGACUCCAAAACCGCAGCCAACUACCAUCCUUGCAAGACUAAUAGCCAUCCUUUUCUUCUUACUGCCCUCCUUCCUCCAGAGGAAGCUAAGGCUCAACGACUCCAAGAACCAUCGCAGGCGCCUGUAUUCAACUUCCUGGCUUGACGGCCUGCGUGGUACCGCAUCUCUGAUUGUCUUCAUUUGCCACUAUUCAGGACCAAACUUCGGAUGGUACCUCGCUAGACCAUACGGAAUCCCCCAGGAGAACGAUACUGCUGCUUCCUCGCCGCUACAGCUCCCUUUCUUACGCGUCAUCUACAGCGGAAAGCCCAUGGUUCACAUCUUCUUCGUCAUCUCCGGCUUCGUUCUCUCUCUCAAGUCUCUACAGCAGGCCAGAAAACACAACUAUGACGGGCUCCACCGCACCCUCUCGAGUAGUGUUUUCCGCCGCGGCUUUCGAUUGUUUCUCCCUACUACUGCCUCUACAUUUAUCAUCAUGAUCAUGAUCCGCCUUGGUUGGAUGGGACAGCCCCUGCCCACUCUAUGGGAACAACUUAUAGACUGGAAGAAUGCUCUCUGGAGGAUCACCUUUAGCUGGCAGUGGGACAUUACCCAAUUUCUCCCCUACGAUGUUCAUCUUUGGACUAUUCCAAUUGAGUUCUCUAACUCAUUACUACUAUUUGUUACUCUGACGGGUGUAAGCCGUAUGAAGACGUGUCUACGUCUAACAUCUGUGCUUACUAUUAUGGCUUACUGCCUUAGGUGUGGCCACUGGGCCGCUUUUGAAUUCUUUGGUGGCAUGGUCCUCGCUGAGAUCGGUCUUAUCCAAGAGGCCCGCCGCGAGCGGGUUGCUGCAGCUCUCCAGAACAAGGAGGAGGAAUCAGAUUCAGCGGCCCUUGACGGCGUUUCUAGCUCGUGCUCUAAAUCCGUCAAGACAGUCAUCAUCAAAGCCUUCCUCAUUGGCAACCUUAUCUUUGGUCUGUUCGUUGCUGGGUGGCCGGACGAAGUUAAUGAUAUUACCCCUGGAAUUGCGCCGCUCUUUCACAAUACCAUGGAGCCCUAUUUCACUAUGGGGGGAGACCUCGUUGCGUUCCCCUGGUAUGCACUUGGUGCUAUCCAGAUCGUUGCCGCCUUGCAACAAGUCACGGUGCUACAGAACCUCUUUAUAACACCUCUGGCGCAGUAUCUUGGCGACAUAAGCUAUGCAUUGUACCUCGUUCACGGGCCUGUCUUGGACGUUUUGGAACACCGCUGGAUGCCCUACGUCUGGACUCUGGUUGGCAGCAGAGAGGAAGCUGGUAUGUGGGGGCGCAUGGUGGCAUGGUUCAUCGGUCUGAUUGCGCUGGGAGUACCUACUAUCUGGUGUAGUGAUAUUUUCUGGCGAACAGUUGAUGUUAAGACGGUCGAGCUUUCGCGCUGGAUCGAGGCUCAGUGCGUGCGAGACGAUUGA